AUGGCCCCAGCUGCCAUCAACAGCGCAUCAAAUGGCUCUAGCGAUGCCAUCCAGCAGCCAAAUGCAUGGGUCGGUCACCGCGGUGCCGCAGGUUUCGACCUGAGAAGCGAUACUAUGACAACUCCCACAUCCUCAAUGCUUGCUGCCAUCCAGAACUGCAGUCUGCUUGACGACGUUUUUGUGGAAGACCCGACCACGAUGGAGCUUGAGUCCCAUGUGGCCGCACUCGCCGGUAAAGAGGCUGCUCUUUUCGUCUUAUCGGGAACCAUGGGAAACCAGCUGGCACUGAGGACUCUGCUCACUCAGCCUCCAUACAGUGUCCUGUGUGACCACCGGUCGCACAUUGUCAAAUACGAGGCUGGCGGUGUCGCAUCUCUUUGCGGUGCCAUGGUUAAACCAAUCGUGCCGAGCAAUGGAGCCUAUCUAACCCUCGAGGAUAUCAUCGCUAAUGCCGAUUUGGACGACGAUGUGCAUACCUGCCCCACCAAGGUCAUCAGCUUGGAGAACACCAUCAACGGUAUCAUUACGCCUCUUGCUGAGGUCAAGCGGAUUGCCGAUUUUGCGCGACAAAACGACUUGAAAUUUCACUGCGAUGGGGCCCGACUUUGGGAAGCUGUUGCCUCUGGAGCGGGUAGUCUUUCAGCCUACUGCUCGCUGUUCGAUACCGUAAGCUUGUGCUUCUCGAAAGGCCUCGGCGCGCCCAUCGGCAGCAUCGUCGUGGGCAGCGCUCAACAUAUCAAGCAUGCUCGAUGGAUUCGAAAGUCUAUUGGAGGUGGGCUCCGGCAAUCUGGUGUCGUUGCGGCUCCCGCCAGGGUCGCUGUCGAUGAAACAUUUGGAAAGGGUCCAAAUGGCGAGGGGGGUCUCCUGAAAACUUCUCACGACGCUGCCAAGAAGAUUGAAAAGCUCUGGACUGACCUUGGAGGCAACCUUGUCCACCCAGUAGAAACCAACAUGUGCUGGCUCGACCUAAACGCUGCGGGCUGCAGCACAGAAGCUUUUGUUGCCCUAGGAAAAGAAGUUGGUUUGAAGCUGGGUGGUAACCGAUUGGUCGUGCACUAUCAGAUUGCGCAGAACCAGGAUGAAGUUUUGCCCAGGUUGGAGCAAGUGUUCCGCCGUGCAUUGGAGGGCGGUCGUAACGGCUCGACAACAAUUCAGGGUCCAUCUAGUAUUUACCGCCCUCGGCCUGCUAUCAAGUCAAUGGAAGAAAUCCAGGCCGCUUUCGACAAGCUCAAGAAGCCUCUCAGCAACAACACCGAGCUGAAUGAUUUCCUCCGCGCCAACUUCGCACAGGCCGGCGGCGAGCUCAAAGCUGUCCCAAAGGAUCAAUUGCGUACAGAUCCAAAGUUCCUCGAUAAAAUCAACGAUGCUGUCAUCAAGGAGUUUUCUCUCAAGGUUAUCGACAUCUGGCCCGACUUGACACGCACCUACGGGGGCGUUGGGAGCAACUGCACUGGCUGCCCUAAUUCGUUCAUUCCACUCAAUCGUACUUUUGUCGUUGCUGGAGGUCGCUUCAGAGAGGCUUACUACUGGGACACUUUUUGGAUCUUGGAAGGUCUACUACGCACCGGUGGUGCCUUCAUCGAAAUCUCCAAAAACACCAUUGAGAACUUCCUAGACUUCGUUGAGCGCUAUGGCUUCGUACCCAACGGCGGCCGAGUAUACUACCUCAAUCGGUCCCAGCCCCCAUUAUUGUCGCAAAUGGUCCGCCUCUACGUUGAGUUCACGAAUGACACAAGUGUGCUUGAACGGGCCAUUCCACUCUUGAUCAAAGAGCACGACUUUUGGACGACCAACAGAACGGUGGAAGUCAGCAAGAACGGCACAACGUAUCGUCUCAACCAUUAUAACGUGAAAAACACCCAACCCAGGCCAGAGUCGUACCGAGAGGACUACGUCACCGCGACAAACAAGUCUUAUUAUGCGGCAAAUGGCAUCAUAUAUCCCGAAGUCGGUUCACUCAAUGACAGCCAAAAGGCCGUCGUGUAUGCGAACCUGGCGAGCGGGGCCGAGAGUGGAUGGGACUAUACUUCACGCUGGAUUUCGCGACCAGAGGAUGCAACAAGGGACGUCUACUUUCCCCUCCGUUCUUUGAACGUCGUUGGCACGAUCCCUGUUGAUCUCAAUUCCAUACUCUACUGGAAUGAGAUGGCCAUUGCAGCCUUUCUCAACUCCACAAACAACACCACAGCAGCGGCUGCCUGGACACAACUAGCCAGUAAUCGAAGCCAGGCCAUGUACGAUCUCAUGUGGAACUCGACCCUACACAGCUACUUCGAUUACAACGCCACGUCUGGAGCUCAGAACAUAUACAUUCCCCGAGACAAUGACGCUACUGCGAUGGAAACCGACACUGCUGACCAAGACCAGCAAGUCGUCUUCGCGGUUUCCCAGUACUAUCCAUUCUGGACGGGUGCUGCACCGGCUCAUCUGAAGAACAAUCCUUAUGCUGUAAAGCAGGCGUACGAGCGAGUCGACAAGUACCUAGAAAUCAAGGGCGGCGGGGUUCCAGCAACGAACCUGAAGACCGGACAGCAAUGGGAUCAACCGAAUGUCUGGCCGCCUUUGAUGCACAUUCUGAUGGAAGGGCUGCGCAACACCCCGGCCACUUUCGGUGAAUCGGACCCAUCCUAUCGCGAUGUACAGAAACUAGCCCUCCGUCUGGGACAGAGGUAUUUGGAUUCCACGUUUUGCACUUGGUAUGCGACUGGAGGUUCCACAAAGGAAACUCCCCAGCUCCAGGGACUCAAUGCGCAAGACGUAGGCAUCAUGUUUGAGAAGUACGGCGAUAACGCGACGAAUGUUGCUGGAAGCGGAGGAGAGUACGAAGUAGUAGAAGGAUUCGGGUGGACAAAUGGCGUACUACUCUGGACGGUGGACGUAUUUGGCAACAAUUUGACACGUCCUGACUGCGGUAACAUCUCAGCAGCAAAAGUCCACGGUGGAAAGAGAAGCCUGCCUCCUCGCGCGGUCGAGCUCGACUACCACGAUGCUGCUUGGACCAAGAAGUUUGGUCGACGUGCAGUGAAAGCGGCGGUUGCUUCUGCCGAGGCGAAGAAGAAAGUGUAG